AUGUCCACCAUUAAGUUAUCCUUACGAACUGCUUUUAUAUCAGGCAGCUUCAACAUCUCUCGAUCGAAUUAUGACAUUUCCGACGUUGGAAAUAUUGCUCCUGUUUCUCGAGAACAAAUAGCAUUAAACAACGUGCCUUGGAUGAGGCAUCCUCAAGAAGAGACGCUUGAUUUUCUUAUCGAUGAAUGA